AUCAAAUUCUGUAUACUGGGUCGGUAUUUGGUUGGUGGAGAAGUCUAUUCAAGCAUGUUAUAAUGAUGUGUAUUCAAUAGUGGGAAGCAGAAGAUAAUGUUUACCAUGUAAACUUAGCACGAUCCACUUUGUCUUUCAGUAUGUAUAUAUAUGUAUAAAUUUUAACCCCUCACAUUGAAAUCUGACACACUUUACCUCUGCAAGUCCACAUUCUCUCCUCCAUAAACUCAAAAAGCCUGUCAAAGUGAACCCCACAAGUUUGAAAUCUCAUCUUAUGCUAUAUCUCCACUUCCAUUUAUUAUUUGUAAGUAUAACAUCUUCUGGACCAAGUAUUAACAACUUAUUUCCAUGCAACAAACCUUCAGAAAAUGUCAAUUUAAGCUGAAAUGAAAUGUAUACUUAGGAAGGUUAAACUCUCUCUAUCCUUGGCCUUUUGAUGAGCUUUCUCUGACCUCACAUUGAUCUCAUAUUUUUCUUGCAUUGGUGACAACUUUUUGGUUGUACUAUCUAGAUAAGAGUGCUCCCUACUCAGAAUUCAGAAUCCUCUCACACAGCCAAAAACAUACAGAAAAAAGGACAAGAUCCUUCAGUUCAUGGGUCAAGUAUAUUCGGAUUUCAGAAUGUCAUAGUUUUUCUGCCUUAAAUCUUCCCUAGAAUUGAAGAUUGAGUUUGAUCAUUUUUUCAUAUUCUCAUCCAAAGAAGGGAAAAAUGGGAGUUCAACAAAAGCUCAUUUCUUUCCUCUUUAAUGCAAGUCUUGUUUUCAUCAUGUUUCCCCUUGUUAGUUCAUCCCAAGAGCACCAUUCGAGAACCAAAGAAAACAACCGCAUUAAGAUGACUCCUAGGCUUCAAUUUGAGAUUACAUUACAUGGCUUUCUGCUGUGGGCUUCAAUGGGGUUCUUGAUGCCUGUUGGUAUACUUGCAAUUAGACUGUCAAACAGAGAGGAUAAUCCAAGAAGGCAUAGAAUUGUGUUCUAUGUUCAUGCAAUUUUGCAGAUGAUUGCUGUUCUACUUGCCACAGCUGGAGCAAUCAUGUCCAUAAAAAAUUUCAACAACCUCUUCAACAAUAGUCAUCAAAGAUUAGGAGUUGCACUAUAUGGUGUUAUCUGGCUGCAAGUCCUACUAGGCAUUUUUCGACCACAAAGGGGAACCAAAAGAAGUGUGUGGUUCUUUGCACAUUGGAUACUUGGAACUGUAGUCUCAUUCUUGGGUGUCCUGAAUGUAUAUCUUGGUUUAGGGGCCUACCACCAAAAAACAUCAAAAAGCAUAAAAAUUUGGAACAUACUUUUCACUCUUCAGAUAUCUGUGAUUGUGUUUUUCUACCUUUUUCAAGAAAAAUGGGUCUAUAUACAAAAUCAAGGAGUGGCUUUGGGCAAUGAAAUGAUGACUAACAGUUGUCAAGAAAGUCGUCCAGAUGAAAAGGAGAAGGUAUUCAAGGGUGACACUUGUUGAGGAGGAUGAAUCAAUACCUCUCCAUCAUUGACCCUGACUUCUACAUAGGAUACAAGUGUUUAAAGCAUAUAGAGUACUGGUGAAUUUGAAUUUCAUGUAUGAGAUAAGAAUGAAAUAAUAUAUAAAGAGGCAUAGCGAUUCAAAGAU